AUGGCCGAAGACAAGCACCAAUGCCUCUCCCUCUACGACGUCUCCAUCCCCACCUUCCUCCGGGGCCUGCACACCCUCAAGCAUCUGCUCGUAACCGCCACCAAGCACGCCCAAGUAACCGACAUCUCUCUGUCCGAAAUGCCGUCCUGGUCUUUAUACCAGGACAUGAAGCCGCUCACCUUCCAAGUCCAAGUCGCCAGCAACACGGGCAAGAAGUUCAUCGACCGGCUGACGGGCCAAGACGGCCCCGCCUUCAAAGACGAUGAGACCACCAUCGAGCAGCUCAUCGAACGCUGCCAGCACACGAUUGAUCUGCUCAAGAAGGUGGACCGCAAAACCAUCGACGAGGCGCACGCCAGGAACAAUACCAUCAAUCUCCAGCUCAAGGAUAAGGUGUUCAACAUGACGCCGCAGCAUUACGUGCUCAAGUUCGCGGUGCCGAAUUUCUUCUUUCAUGUGCAGACUGCAUAUGCGAUCCUGAGGAUGAAGGGCGUACCCGUGGGGAAGAUGGAUUAUUUGAGCAACUUUUUGGCGCCGGAUGCUUGA